AUGGUGAAAGAUACCGAGUAUUAUGAUGUUCUUGGCAUUGAUCCAAAGGCCACGCCAGCUGAGAUCAAGAAAGCUUAUCGGAAAAAAGCGAUGCUGACACAUCCCGACAAGCAUCCCGAUGAUCCAGAAGCUCAGGUCAAAUUCCAAGCCGUUGGUGAAGCAUACCAGGUACUGAGUGACGACAGCUUGAGAGCUCGUUACGACGAAUUCGGGAAAGAAGAGGCAAUCCCCCAACAAGGUUUUGAAGACGCUGCCGAGUUCUUCACGACUAUUUUUGGCGGUGAUGGGUUCCAAGACUGGAUCGGUGAGUUUUCGAUGCUUAAAAACCUCUCUAAAGGUGCGGAAAUCAUAGGAGAUGAAAGUGAAGCACCUGCAACACAAAGCGAUGCUACGGAUGUGGUGCAUCACGAUGGAAAAACUAGCAAACCAACUAAGCAUUCGGACAAAUUGACCAAAGAGCAGCGCGACAGACUAGUCGAAAUGGAAAAUGAGAGACGUGCUGAGAAGAAGAAACAAGUCGAAGAGUUAAGCAAGAAACUUGAUGACAAAAUCGCGCAUUAUGUCACGGCAGCACAGAACAACCACCUCGACGAAUUCGAUGCGAAGCUUAAUCAGGAGAUAGAAGAGCUGAAACUGGAAAGUUUCGGGCUGGAGUUGUUGCACCUAAUUGCUAAAAUCUACAAAACUAAGGCAAACAAUUUUCUCAUGUCUCAGAAAACACACGGCUUCAGCAAGCUUAUAACCGGUGUCCGCGAUAAAACCAAAACCGCCAAGUCUGCUUGGGGUAUCCUCUCUUCGGCAAUGGAUGCACAGUCUGCAAUGAAAGAGCUGGAAAAAUUGGACAUGGAAAAGAUGGAUGAUUACGAGCGUGCUGAGGUAGAGAAAUUUAUUACAGGAAAAGUCUUGGGAACAGCAUGGGUAAUGUCAAAAUUCGAAGCUCAGGGCAAGCUUAAGGAGGUUUGCGAUAAAAUCCUAACCGACAAAAACGUGCCUACGAAGCAGCGUAUAGUAAAAGCCAAAGCCCUUCUAUACAUUGCAAACAAAUUUUCUUCUGCUGUCAGAUCUCCCGAUGAGGCAGAAGACGCACGAGUUUUCGAAGAGCUCAUCCUCGAUGCUCAGGGCAAAAGGAGAAGAACAGAAGCCAAGAAGUGA